AGAUCACAGCGAGCAGAGCAAGACAGAGACAGAAGUCCUGGCACGCACGACGGGUUUAUCAUGUUGAGUUCAUCCGCAAGACGAGUGGUGCGCCUGCGAUGCGCGGAAGCUUUGCCGAGACAUGUUGGAGCGGCGGGCUCUACUACCACCUGUCGCAGACCCACCGCCGGCGUUCGCGCGAGAGGGAUGAUGGCGAAGGCGGGCGCCUCAGCGGCGUCCGGCGGGAAGAAGGGGGGCAAGGGCGGCGGCGGCGGCGACAGCGCGAAAGACAGCGCGGGGGAGCACGGGCUAGGCGUGACGCCUAUCAAUUUCCUGAAGGAUGGAAAGGACCCUUCGGUCAUGCCCGACGAGGAAUACCCGGAAUGGCUGUGGAAUAUGCAGCUGCCAAGUCUUGCGAGGUUAAAGCGUACGAAGGAGGACGACUACACGCUCGACGAGUUCAGGCGAUUCGUUCAGCUCGACAGCCGAGAAAAGAUCAAGCGCCAGAACCGAUCGGGAAAAUUCUAAAAAGUGUAAUUGGGUACGGGAGAAGAAGCAGGAACGAACUGCAGCUGCUGUGACGGAUUGAUCGGUUGACCCUCUUUUUGGGCUGGUUUUUCGCUCCUUCGCAGCACGGUUGGUGAUACAGCAACAGGAUUUCCGUAGGUGACAUGACGCAAGACAUCACACACCCUGGAUCGACUGUCAAAACUCGAUUUCUCCCCUGCAGAAAAGAGUCGCAUCGUCGAAG